UGACAAGUUGCGACUGGUGGCGUAUGCGUCCGACCAGGCUCACUCCUGCUUCCGCAAGGCCUGCCUGAUCGCGGGGGUGGAGCAGGUGCGGGUGCUGCCCACCAGGCAGGAGGAGCACUGGGCGCUGAGACCGGAGGUGCUGGAGUCCGCCCUGGCCGCCGACCUCUCCUCCGGCCUGCUUCCCUGCUUCCUGCUGGCCACCAUCGGCACCACCAGCAGCUGCGCGGUGGACCCGGUGGCGCAGCUGGCGGAGCUGGCGGAGAGCUACGGCGUGUGGACGCAUGUGGAUGCCGCCUACGCGGGAGCCGCCGCGCUGCUGCCCGAGCUGCGCCCGCUCCACUUCUCCGGGCUGCUGCAGCCGGGGGGCCCCUGCCACGUGGCCUCCCUCUCCUUCAACCCGCACAAGUGGCUGCUCACCAACUUCGACUGCUGCACCCUGUGGGUGGUGCGGGGGCAGGGGGGCCACCUGAAGCGGGCGCUCAGCCUCACGCCCGUGUACCUGCAGGCUGCGGGCAAUUCGCUGGAUUACAAGGACUGGCAGAUUCCGCUGGGGCGCCGCUUCAGGUCCCUCAAGCUCUACUUCGUGUUGCGGAUGUACGGCGCGACAGCCCUGCGCACCUACCUGCGCCACCACAUGGCACUCGCGCAGUGGUUCGCGGCGGCGGUGGCGGCCGACCCACGGUUCGAACUGGCGGCACCGCAGCGCUUCGGCCUGGUGUGCUUCAGGCUGCGCGGCGCCCCCAACUCCCUCAACACGGCGCUGCUGGAGGCCCUCAACGGCAGCGGUGCGGUGCUGCUGAGCCACACGGUGCUGGGUGGGCGCUACACGCUGAGGCUGGCGGUGGGGGGCGCGUACACGCAGCUGGCGCACGU